AAAGUAACUGACUCUCUCACAUUAAUUUUAAAAGUAUUAACAAUUUGAUAUUUGAGGCUAGUAUUAACAAUUAUUGGUCAGGGAAGAAUAAGUUUAAGGAAUUCAUUAAAUGCCUUGUAAUUAUUAUAAUUUUUUUUUAAAGUUGAUUUUUAAGAAAAUAAAAUCAUAAUCGCUAAAACUCACAAGUAAUUAUCUCAACUGUGUUUCUAAUCCUGAUAAUAUCGCACAUAAUUGACUUCUAUGAUUCAUAUUUCUUACUACUGACCUUGUAAUGAGUCUUUACAAAAAGCUUAACAAUGAGUCUAGUGAAGAGAUUGUAAUAACCUUACUGGGGAAAUCCAGUUUACUUAGAUUCACAUAUAUGAUCGAAACGCGCAUCCUUCGUUGGUUGGCAACUGAUGCUAUAAAAGGAAGUUCAGCCGAUAUUCUCAACAGUCGUCGACCUUCGAUUGUAUUGAUAUACGUACGAUAGCAAUUAACCUUUAAUAGUUAACCGCCGAACGUUUCCAAAAUGUUGUUUCACUUUCUGCUAGUUGUCGUGUCAUCAUUUCUCGUUACUGCGUAUCCGCAAAAUUCAGAUAUAAUAUCCCAGGUAGAUGGUUUUGUUUUUGAUGGACCAACAGCUGGUGGUCAAAGUUCCAAUGGACAACAAAGAAUUACCUCAACGACCACCACAACUACAGAGUCUAUCAGGGAAGAUAUGACUCCUCCACCUGAAGACAUAUUCAACACCUGUGUGUCAUCUUGUCCGGUAACAAUGGAAUACAAUCCUGUUUGUGGCACAGACAAUGUUGAUUAUACUAAUCCAGGAGGAUUGGGUUGUGCACAAAGAUGUGGAAAAGAAGUAACAUUAAGAUAUUAUGGACGCUGCUCAACAGGCAAUGCUGGAUGACUUUAUAUAUCUUAAACAACCUUAAAUUUAAAAUAAUUUAUGCAUUAAGAACGAAAUGAAGACAUUAUUUUCGAAAUGUAUUACAAGACACAAAUAUAUUUUUAUAUAUAAAUACAUAUUUAUAGAAAUAAAUAUAUAUUUAUAAAAAUAAA